AUGUAUGAUGAAAUAAAACAAUUAGAUGCUGAUUGUAACAUGUCAAAAUAUUCCAAUUGGAAAAUUCGUAUGCUUUGGUAUCAAUUAUGUAUACGUGUUAAAUAUUAUGAUGUUUUAGACGAUUUAUUUAAAUUUCUUGAAAUAUAUGGUUGUAAAAAAUUCGUUAAACUAUUAUAUGCUGAAUUUAAAUCAUCAUGGCCAAAUAUGAUGAAACAAUAUAUUGGUAUAAUUGAAAAAAUUAAUAUAGAAAUUGAUCGUUUAGGACAAGUUGUUGAAGGACAACAAAAUCCUCAAAUGAAAAGAGAUUUCGAAUCUAUUAAGCUAAAUUAUCAAGUCGAAAAAGAUAAACAAUCAAUAUUAAAGACAUCAAAACCAAAUGUAGGUGAAAUAUAUAAGAUCCAUGUUGGAUUAGAGUCACGUUUAGAAGAAUUCUUAAGCACUAUGUUAGAGACAAAUUCAUCGUCUUCUAGUAGCACUUCAGCAUCUACAUCGUUAUCAUCACGAAAACAAAAACGUCAAUCACAAGAACGAAGACGACCUUGUCUCAUUUGGAAUACAGAAAGCGAAGGUAUUGAAGUACUACCUAUAACCAGUUUUGGCGGAAAAGAUCUUGCAAAAAUCAAAACUGAUAUUCCAUGUACAAUUUCAUCAAAAGAUUUCUUUAAAUAUGUACUAUCAAUUCAUCCAAUUACACCUCUACCGAAUAAAAGAUCAUUAAGACCAAAAACAAUUAAAUUAAUGUCUAAACCUUUAACAGGUUAUUUAAUUUUAAUGCCAACAGUUAUAAGUGAUUCAACACCUUUACAUGGACCAAUGCCAGUUGUCUUCGAAAAAAAUGACAUGUUAUACAUAAAUAAUGAACUUGGUACAUUAAUUAAAGAAAAACAAGAUAAAAUUAUCGAAAAUAUUGAUUAUUCAAAGAUCAUCACGAAUGCUCAAUAUGAUGACGACGAUAGUUCUAGCCAAAAAACCGCAGAUUCAAUACCAAUAGGUAGAAGUUGUUUAUUUGAAACAAAUCAUAUCGAUAAAAAUAAUCUUAUUGAAAAUUGGUUAAAUAAGUACGAUGAUGAUAUAAAAAUACACAACGAACGGUAAUAUAUUGAUGAUUUAGUAAUUUGUUUGCAUAGGUUUUCAUUAAAAUUAAAUUUUAAUCAUUUGGAUAUUUAGG